ACACUGUCCAUGUAUCGCGCCUCACACGGCAACAACUGGCGUGCUCCUGCGCCUCCCUCCGUGGGUGUGUGCAGACGACAUGGCCUCGUGAGUCCCGGCGAGCCGCCAUGUACCCAUCCAGGGAAAAGGAUGCAGUGCCAUCUCUUCCUUCAUGUACGCGUGUGUGUGUGUGCCUGUGUAGACCUUGCGGUUGAGGAAGGGGGCCGGUUAGAGUGCGACUGCAUCCACUUCGUGCAUAUCGAUGGCGUCGGCAAGCUGAAGCGGGUAUGCAUAUCACAAGGGUAUGUCACACGGUUGAGCGGAUUCAAGUUGUGUGUAUAAUCAGGCCUACCACAUGGGCAAUGUCACCCAUCUUGAGUUCGAGCUGCUGACGGGCGGCAGUCCCAUCCACCGCCUCGCGACCAAGCACCUUGACGCGCUCGGCCGAUCGCUGCUCCGGGAGUCGGAGGCCCGAUGUUGGAUGCGGCCGAUCAUCGAGACCUACGGCGAGCUGCUGGGCAAAGGAAUCUAUCAUGGGUAUGAUCUGUGUGGGUGACACACCCCCGUAGGCAGACAGUCAAGAUAUGGGUUGACGGUGUGUGUGUGUGUGUGUGUGUGCUUGCUGUAGCGACCACCACCUGGACAACGUCGUAUUCGACGCCGAGGAUCGGCCGAAGCUGAUAGUCUUCGAGAUGGUCCAGUUCUUCCUCCCCAAGGUGAGUGGACACGGCAGCCACACAUGCAGACCCGCCGCCCGCUCGCUCGCUCACCGAUCAUGUCUGUCUGUCUGUCGGCCAGGGCGGAACCGUCAACAGCGGACCAAAUCCCAAAGGCGUCCGAUACUUCAAUGCGCCAGAGGCAAGCGCACAAAGAUAGGCGCAGGCAGACAGACAGGCAGACACUGUUAAUGUCAUUUCUGCUUACAGGCUGCGAUGCCCUUCGCAUGGUAUGACCCCGAGAAGGCCACUGUGUAUUCGCUGGGCCAGAUGCUCCGCGUGCUGUUCGAGUAUGGGCACGACUCCGCCACCCGUGACCUCCACCAGCCGCCCACCCCCUCGCCCUUCCACAGGGCCGACCUGUCGCCCGACGUGAAGUCUGAUCAAUUGGCAGGUAUGCUUUGUCUCACCAGACUUGGACACACCCCGUGCACCCACGGCUCAUGUGGACAGUCAGCUGGACAGACAGCGGAGGGGCCAAAUCGCUGGCUACAUUUUAUAUUUGCCCGGGACAUUUCAACACUUUGCCGUGCAUUCUGAUGUGAAGGUGAGAUGCACCGCGUUGCAUUGACGGGGCUUGUCCAUUAUAUCUCUGCGUGCAGGGCAUGUCUGACGAUACGAUAUGCAGAGGUGGUUGUGUGGUGACAAAUAUAGAGGAGACACAAGAGAUGCUUUGUGUGGCGCACCUCGCCGAGUACGUUGCCACGAGACACAAGAUGAAGAGAAAGAGACAUCAUCGCCUGUCAUGUGCUGUGGAAUCGUUCUGUCUCAGGACCAGUCGUGUAUUCGGGCCACCGUUGCAGUAUCACUUGUUUGCUUCCCUCGUGGGAUAUCAGGGACACUCCUCGCAGCAUAGCACAGCUUUAAUCCUAUCUUGCGUAAGCGUGUGCAUGACGGCCUCCUCAAUUUCUCCCUCUCUCUCGGAACGUCUGUGCAGACGACGUGGCCUUGUGAGUCCCGACGAGCCGCUGUGUGCGCAUCCAAAGGAUGCAAUGGCGUCUUUUCAUUCGUGCAUGUGUCCGUGUGCGUGUGUGUGUGUGUGUGGUGCUUGUCCACUGUGGUGUGUGUACCCACAGAGAAAUCUCUCCCCAUCUGUGGGAUCCCUACCUGAACAAAUAUGUCAUAGAUGGACUCGGUUUGGUUUCGUUGGUGUGGUGUAAAAACCCGGAGGGGAUACUGUCAUGUUACGGACUAAUGCAUUUCUCCCCUCCCCAGAGAGAACGGUUUCACACAAUGCCCUCUUGUCGUGCGAGCUUGGCGCAGAUCUUCCCCCCUGUGUGCGGCUUGUGUGGCAGCUGUUCGACUCCUCGCCACUUGAUCUCUCUUUCUCUCCCUCUCCCAACACCUCGGAACCCGUCACCCCCUCCUCCCCCUUCGCUCAUCCCCCCUAUCCAUCCAUCCAUCCACCGAUGGCGUGCAUCUGCCGCCAUCUCUUCUCCCGCCCCUCCCCCCGCUUCGGGCACUGGUGCUCCCGCGUGCCGCCCCCCUGCGACCCCCCGGAGGCCGUCGACCAGUUCGAUAUGACCUGGGGCUUCAACGACAUCGGCCACUUCCCGCACGACCAGGUGGAGUGGCUGGGCGCCAUCACCGCGGGGGCCGCAGCUGCUGUCCACAAGGCCCGCAACAAGGCCACUGGGGAGGUCGUGGCGCUGCGGACGGUGGCCAACCGGGACUUGGUGGAGGCGGGGGGCGAUGGGAGCGAUUGGAUGCCACGCCUGCAGCGCGAGAUUCGGGCUCUGGAGGCCGCCAAGGGCAUCGACGGCGUCGUGGAUCUCAAGAGGGUAGGUGGGCACAUCCAUGAAAGGAACCUUUGAUGGGUGGGCACUUGACUUGUGUGUGGGGCUGUUCUAUCUCUGUGUGUUAUGCAGGUGUACCACAUGGGCCAGGUCAGCCACAUGGAGUUCGAGCUGCUGCCAGGUGGCAACAUGCUCGAGCGGCUGGCCACCCGCCAUGUGGACACCCUCGGCCGAUCAGUCCUGACAGAAGCCCAGAUGAGGGCCUGGAUGCGGCCCGUCGCUGACGCGUACGCCAAGCUGCUCGCCAAGGGGAUAUACCACGGGUGGGCGCACGCCAGAAAAACACUGACACAGAGGGAUGGAAGAGAUCCCACUGAUGAGCCCUGUGUGGACUUCUGCGUGUCUGUGUGUAUAUCUCAGCGAUGAGCACCUCAACAACAUCGUCUUCGACGCCAACGACAGGCCAAAGCUCAUCGAUUUCGAGUCGACACAGUUCUUCGCAGCUCGCCUGGUGCGUACGGGGUGCACUUAGGGGGAGCAGUCAGUAUGCCGCCCACUGUGUGUGUGUGUGUGUCGUCAGGGGGGUGGUCUCGUGAAUGCCGGACCGCAGCCACGGGGGGUAUUCUAUUACAAGUCACCUGAGGCAAGACAGACAUUCACACAAGGAGAGAGAGAGAGCUUACAGACAUGAGGUGUGCCUCUGUGCCAUUCCUGCAGGCAACCACGCCAUGUGCCCUCGUCGACCCCGAGAAGUCGACGGUUUUCUCACUGGGUCAGAUGCUGCGGGUGCUGCUGGAGUUCGGCCACGACCCGGCCACCCGAGACCUCCACCAGCCGCCGCCCAAGCCAUCACCAUUCUACAGGACGGACCUCUCGGCGGACGUGAGGCAGCUGAUAGAGAGCAUGACGGCGGCAGACCCCCGCAUGCGGCCAUCCAUCGCACAAGUGCUCAGGCAUCAAUGGUCAGUACACCUAUACGCAGCAAAGACGCAACAGACAGCUGGGGGGCUACUGAUCUCAUUUGCCUUACUGUGUCUACAUGCAGGUUUGCCCCGUCUGGGCAAUGGACACUGCCCUCCACACAGACGCCGUCCCAUCCCCACCCUGAUACCACCAGCACCCGAGCUGCACCGUCCCAACAGCAUGUGCCAGCGGCCCGUCGCACACCUUCAACGCCCCCGCCCCCCUCAAACGCGCCGAUGCCGGCCGUGUACUUCGCGCCCCCCUCCCUCCUGCCCCCCUCACAGGCCCAGUAUCGCCACUGGCCGAUGCCCGGCCACCCACUCCCACCACACCACCACCACUAUCACCCGCACCCACAGCCACAGCCGCAGGCACUUAUCGUGAGAGGCUAAGUGGACGGCAGAAGCGCUCUCUCGACCGACUCUCGUCCAAUGGAUGUCUUCGCUUUGUGCUGGACUCUGCUGUGCUGCUUUUCCUCAUGGGCCAUCCUUGGUUUGGCGAACCACACCACACCCAGCGAUGGUUGGCCGCUUGGCAGGCAGGCAGGCAGGCAGCUCGGGGAGAGGGGUCGAGGGGGUAAAGCGUAUUGUUUAUCGGUUGUGGGCAGCGCAGCCGUCAUCAAGACAGCUGGUGUGAUCGAUGCAGCCAGCCGGCCAGCAAUCGUUGUAAUGGAGUGCAUGGCCAAAUGGAUUCAACACACCACCCCACACGCAUGUGUGUAUCGGUUGGCGAGCCAGGCAGAUCGUUUGGAGGGAGGGACUUGUUUAUUGGUUGUUGGUCGGUCGGCAACAGACAGGCAGGCUACAUUGCAUGAGAGCCUGGUAACGGGCCGUUGGUUUUGACCUGCGAUUCUGCUGGACGGUAUGGCCUAUCUUCGGGUGCCGCUGUGGGGUGAGAAGGACUCGGUUGGGUGGCUUGGUAACUUGUGCUGCGCGUG